UUCUUGUUUUCCUAGGCUUCUCCGUCUCUAGCCUAAACCACUUCCUCUCCUUCUUCUUCUUGUCACUUAAUUUGUUUCCUGCAAAACUCUUCAGCAUUCGCCCCCACGCUCUCAUUCCUGCAAAUCCUCGGUCCUUGGUUUCGAUCCUGGUUAUUUCCAAGUGUAUAUGUUGUCCUGAUUCAGUUUGGCUCGUAAUCUUUCAUGGGUACGUCGAGUUCCGAAGCUAUCCUCGUCCUGAAGCGAGAUCUCAACGCCAUGGAAGACCUCGCCAACUUCUUGUCCAGGAAGACCUCGCCGGAAUUUCAAGAAGUCGGUGCGCAAGAACGAAGCGAGCAGGUCGUGGAAUUGCCAUCUCUGGGAGAACUUGGCAGUGUCGAUGACGACGACGACGGUUUCAAGACUCCGACGCCCACCACGUCAUCGUUGGGCCGGGAAGCAGAAACCCUGGCGGCAGUUCGGUGCCCGCCGGCGCCGAGGAAGGCUCCAGCAGUCCGGUCGGCAAAGAGGAAAGACCGCGGCGCGGGAGUCACUUUGCUUGAUCUGACGGACGAGAUCGAUUCCCUGUUCCCGCCGGCGAUCCGGAGACACUUGUACGGUAAGAUCAAGAAAGCGAAGCUGGAAAGCAGUGCGACCGCAUUGUGUUCAAAGAUUUGACGUUGUAUCAUUAUUCUCCGAUGCAGAACUGAUUAUUCUGCUGAUAUUUAGAACGAUCCACCGUACGUUGUUGUCGUUACGCAGUUCUGUCUUAACGAGAAUAGAACUUGUGUCCUCGGACUUCA